UUUACCCUGUCCGAUAUGACGAUGAGAUUUACAUUUUGUUGAACAAAACUGGCUCUGGUUAUGAAAAAUAAAUAUAAAUCAUAAUUCUGACGCGACUAUGAUUUACCUCUUACACCGGGAAAGCGUCGUUCAAGCUCACCCCGGAAGCUCAUUUGAACUCUGAACACAAUUUAGCCAAACCCCAGUUCCAUGCCAAAACUUUCCUGGACUGCUUGGUGGCGGGGAAAGCAGCGAAAAAAUGGCCCUCGCUUUGCUCCGGCAUAUGCGGUGUUUGUGUACCCUGCCCCGUACCGUGGCUGCCCUCCAGAGCAGUAUUGACAAGAGAAGCUACGCGGAAAGAGUACGCGGCUCUCUUGAGCGGGUGGUGUCGGCCUUCCGUGCGGUGGUGGGAGACGAUGGCGUUUCGUUGGGUGCCGCGGUCAGGGAGCAGCACGGGAAAGACGAGUCUGUGCACAGCUGCCAGCCGCCAGACGUGGUGGUGUGGCCGCGCAGCGUCGAGGAGGUCAGCGCCCUCGCCAAGAUCUGCCACCACCACCGCCUUCCCAUCAUCCCCUUUGGCACUGGCACGGGCCUUGAGGGGGGUGUGGGCGCCACGAAGGGUGGGGUGUGUUUCAGCCUGAGGAAGAUGGACAGCGUCCUGGACCUCCACCAGGAGGACUUUGACGUGACGGUGGAGCCGGGCGUGACCCGUAAGGCCCUCAACGCCUACCUGCGUGACACGGGCCUGUGGUUCCCCGUGGACCCAGGCGCUGACGCGUCUCUGUGCGGCAUGGCUGCCACCAGCGCGUCGGGCACCAACGCCGUGCGGUACGGCACCAUGCGCGAGAACGUGCUCAACCUGGAGGUGGUGCUGGCCGACGGCACCAUAAUCCACACCGCGGGCAAGGGGCGGCGGUCCAGGAAGACGGCGGCCGGAUACAACCUGACCAACCUGUUUGUGGGGUCGGAGGGCACGCUGGGGGUGCUGACCAAAGCCACGCUGAGGCUGUACGGGGUGCCCGAGGCGCUGGUGUCGGCCGUCUGCUCCUUCCCCUCCGUGCAGGCGGCCGUGGACAGCACCGUCCACAUCCUGCAGGCCGGGAUCCCCAUCGCACGCAUAGAGUUCCUUGACGACGUGAUGAUUGACGCCUGUAACCGCUACAGCGCUCUGUCCUACCCCGUCAGUCCCACGCUCUUCCUGGAGUUCCAUGGCACCGAGAGGGGCCUGGAGGAGCAGGUGUCCAUCACAGAGGAGAUCACUCAGGGGAACGGCGGGUCGGACUUCAGCUGGGCGCGGGACACGGAGACGCGGGCGCGGCUGUGGAAGGCGCGGCACGAUGCCUGGUACGCCGCCCUGGCACUCAGACCCGGCUGCAGGGCGUAUGCCACGGACGUCUGUGUCCCCAUCUCGCAUCUACCCCAGAUCAUCGUGGAGACCAAGAAGGACCUGACCGAGAACCACCUCACAGGUCCGAUCGCAGGCCACGUCGGGGACGGGAACUUCCACUGCUUGAUGGUCUUGGACCCCCACGAUCCAGAAGAGGUGAAGAGAGUCCACCACUUCACAGAGAGACUGGCCAGGAGAGCCUUGGCUCUGGAUGGGACGUGUACAGGGGAGCAUGGGGUAGGUUUGGGGAAGCGUGCCCUGCUCAGGGAAGAGCUGGGUCCCCUUGCCAUGGAGGUUAUGCAAGGUCUCAAAGCUGCUCUGGACCCCAAAAACUUGAUGAACCCCGGGAAGGUGCUGUAGCACACAAAGGCCACGAGAGGGCGCCGGAGAGGCGAGACUUUCUUUUAGGGACACAGAAGAACUGAGUGAAGGUCAGUCUGCCAUUUCCAACAGUACCACCAGGGGUCAGUGUUGGUAUGUAAAAUUGGAGGUGACCUCGUAAUUUUCAUUAGCUCAUUUUCCUGUGCUUCGUUCUUGUGAUCUGACAGAUCCUGUGAAAUUAUAUUUUGCGAACACGUAUAUUUAUAAUAAAUGUAAUAGUGUUUUAGCCGAGAAUGUAAGAUGCACUAUUUGCUUGACUGGUUGUGUCCUCAGACAAAGACGGUCUUGAAAAGUUUCGCUGAACUUAAAACAAAGCACCAUUGCACUGUCAAUAAAUCCCUUUUAAUUCCCAACACA